GGAAUAAUCAAACAUGUUUCUGUAGACAGUAGCUAGAGUACUGCAUUAUAUUAUUACAAUUAAAAAUGGCGAUGCUUAUUAUUCCCAAGUCCAAAGAUGUGACGAUUCCGGCGAGCUGGAAAGAGCUGAAAGGAUUGUUCAAGAAGUGCGACAAAGAUGGAGAUGGACAAUUGGACAAGAGAGAGUUGAAGGAAGCUUUGAAAUACCUCGGCGCGAUUUUACCGGGUUGGAGAGCCGCCCGUUGUCUCCGCCACGCGGAUGCAGACGGUGAUGGAUUUGUCAGUGAACAUGAACUGGAUGAACUCGUCAGAUACGCCAUCAAAUUAGGUUACACUGUCAAACAGACUGAAAGAAAAUCAAUGUUUCAGCGCUAACGACAUCUAUAUAUAUAUAUAUUUAUAUAUAUAUAUAUACAUAUAUAUAAACAUAUAUAUGUUAAACAAGAUUGUUGUAUCUAUGAACUAUAUAUAUGUGCCGUUAUGUUAGGUUUGGACUUUUUGGUAUCAACCUACUCAGGUGUGACUUCAUUUGGAGUGAAAAGGCAUGUACGUGUAUAACAGAUGUUUCGGUGCACCCUUUGCAUUUUGUGUUAAAUGUUUUUUUUUUUCUUUUUUACUAUUUGGAAUAAAUGUUAGUUUUUACUCCAUAUGAAUGAGAGGAAAAUGUAUAUGAUUUCAAGAAAAAAGUGAAGUAUAUAUUUUUUGAGAG